GCAGGGUCAACUUUACCAACUUCCUGUCUCAACCAGCUUUUUUUACAAAGAGAGCCAACCGUAAGCUCUGUUUGCGCUCAUAGUAGUCCCUGUAGUUGUGGGAAAAAUAGAACUGGCCGGACAGGCUGGCGUUUUUUGGCUCUCUUUUCCUUUGCCCGAGCGCCGAUUGUUGUGUUUUCAUCAUCAGUCACUCUCUUCACUCCAAUUCAUGCUCUGCACGGCUUCAUGAUCAGUCGCUUGUUCGAAAUCGUCUGCUCUUUUGUGUGUGGCCCUUUUUUGGAAAUAAGUUGAUUUUAUUUUUUAUCUGUUGUGGAUUUUCCAAGUAGUUUGCUAAUUUAAAAGAGGAAUUUUUUAGUAUCUUUUAUCGUCUGAUUUUCUGUUGAAUUAUCUUCCCUGGAUCUUUUCAUUUGAGUUUGAUAUUUUGUUGUUAGCAUAAUGGGUGAGAAACGUGGUAUGAGAGCAUUGGAGUUGUGGUGCCGACGAGUAACGGAUGGUUACAGAAAUGUCAGAGUCAAUGAUAUGUCCACCUCAUGGAAAGAUGGCCUUGCUUUCUGCGCUUUGAUACACCAUUUUAGACCCGAUCUUAUUGAUUUUGAAUCAUUGUCCAAAGAAAACAUGCUGUAUAAUAAUGCACUGGCUUUCCAAGUUGCUGAAGACAGAUUAGGCAUUCCUGCUUUAUUGGAGGCAGAGGACAUGGUGAAAUAUGAUGAACCUGAUACCCUCAGUAUUGCUACUUAUGUUUCCCAAUUCUACCAAUUCUUUGAAAAUGGCGCCUCCCACAAACUCGGAGUUCCUGCACCAAAGCCUGUGAACAGCCGUGUAACUCCUUUGCCUUGCAACCGACCUCCUACCACAAGUAUUCACACUGGACCCUUGAAUAAGCGCUGAUUUUGAUGCAGUGAACUUGGAUAAAAGCCUAAAAUAUAAAACUGUAGAAUUAUUGCUCAUCACCAUUUCUGAAUAAUUCACUGAAAAAACCAUGUUAUUUUCUUCAACAUAACUUUUCACAUUUAGCGUCUUAAAAACAUUCAUUAUCAUUAUCAGUGAUUUUUUUUCUCAAACUAUCUGCAUAGAUUUAUGUAUAAUUUUAUACUCAUGCCUUUGCAAUGUUUUUGUAAAUUAGUUAACACUGCAGCCCUUAUGCAAAGGCAUCAUGUUGUGCAUAUUUUUUUACUAUAAUCAAUUUGUACUGUUGUAUCUUUUUGUAGUUCAAUAUAAUCUGUAGAUUCCUAUUUUAUUUGCUAUAUUGUUACGUAUAUGUUUUCAUUGUGUUGUAUUUUUUAUUGAUCCAUCAAUAAGAUGAUUGUAACAUAUUGAUUAUGAUAGAUGAUAUAAAUAACAUUUUAAAUUAGGUUUGUUAAAUGCUAGUUCUUUUAAGCUAGAAAUUUCUUCUUUAUUAGUUUUGAAGUAAAAGUACCACCUUUUAUACCUAAAGACUGUUUUAUUAAUAGACAAUGCUGUAAAUAUUUUUGGAUACAUUUUAUUGUUCCUCAGUGUUUUGUUGUAUAAAUAAACAUAUUAUAAUCAAA